AUGGGGGCAGUGGAAGACAGCAAAGCUCGUACAUAUCCAGACUGGCAGUCUAAGAAAACACUGGCAGAGACCAACAGGUAUAUGUUGGAGAACGAAGUUGCUACAGAUGUCCGUUUUAUCGUAGGAAAGGAGAUGGAACGUAUCCCCGCGCACAGAUACAUGCUUGUAAGCCGCAGUUCGGUAUUCUACGCCAUGUUUUAUGGUGUCCUGGCGGAAAAGAACGAAGUCGUGAUUCCGGACAUCGCUCCUGACGUGUUUCGGAUGUUACUAAGAUUUUUAUACUUGGAGGAGGUCAAUAUCACCCCGAACAACGUUUUAGAAAUCCGGUAUGCUGCGCUGAAGUACCUUGUUCCUGCGCUGGCCGAACGAUGCAGAGAGUUCCUAGUGGAAAACUUGGAUGUCGAGAACGUCUUCACGGUCCUAAACCACGCCGUGGACAUCCUUGACCUUGACCUAACCGACCAAUGCCUGGCGUUCAUAGCGCCAUCCGUCGAAGACGUUUUGAACGGUGAAAACUUUUUAACAAUCUCACGCAGCGCUCUUGCGGUCCUUCUAAACUGUGACGCGCUCUGUAGCGGCGAGGAUGUCCUAAUCCAAGCGUGCGAGAGGUGGGCGAACUUUGUAUGUAAGGAAAGAGGCAUCGCAUACCCAACUGGGCAGCAACAAAGAGAGGCACUAGGGGAAUGUUUCCGCCUUAUCCGCAAUACGUAUUCUAAACAACAGACACUAGGAGUCGCUACGAACCCCCUGUAUACACAGUGUAUUGACCAUACAAGAAAUAGGCCCUGA